GAGAUUUCACGAGUUGUUGUGGUUUUGUAAAUUAUUAUGUUAAAGAAUAAAUGCAAAAGUCUCCAAUUGAAAUGAUGUUGUUACGUGGAAAUGAUUGAACAAAACUUGCUUGAUGAUUUCGUUAAGGUACUGUUAUGGAAUCAUGUAUACAUGAAACUUAAAACAAUUUGUGUGACGUGUAUUUUUAUUAUAAUUAUUUUAAUUUACAAUGUAAACAUUUUGAGCAGGAAUUUUGUAAAAAUUCACUGAAAUUGCAUAUUAAAAAAACGCUAACAUAUGUUGAAUGCAUAUUCCAUAGUGUUCUCUUCUUCGUGCUUAUCGUUUAAUGGACAACACCCAUGUAAUGUGCCUGUCGGAAACCAACCCAAAUGUGCCAAAAACGGAAAGGCAAUCAGAUACAAAAACAACAAUCAGAUCAACUACAAUAUCACAAUGGCAUGCAACGUGUAAAGUUUGUGUGUAUAUGUUUCUUUUUAAUUUUCAGAAGAAUCCCCGGGCUGUACAAGUGUAACGUGUUGUCAAUUAGCGAUUACUUGAUUAAAAUAUGUUAUAAAAGUUUUCAUUCAACGCUUUACUAAACUCAGUUUGAUAGUGAUUUUCCUUACAAAAUGGAGUUCAGUAGACCAAUGCUGAUAGUAGUUCUGAUUGUUAUACUUUAUUGCAAUUAUCAGGCAUUGGGUAUAAAAUUAACAUUUGAUAGUUUUGAGCAAACCUUAGGUGAAGAAAUUGUGUGGUUAAAUCUACGUGUUCGUAAGUACAACCGAACGUCCUCUGUAAUAAACGGUACUAUUCACAUGAGGACGUAUGCUACCAACGACUAUCAGUUCCAUUUGGACGUAUUUUACAGUCGGCUCGGCAAUCAACAGUUCAAUCAUUUGCCGAUGAAACUUCCAAGUGCGGGUAUAUGCGAUUUUUUAGAUAAUUUGUACAUAAACUAUGGUGAGUACGUCCAUAUUUUCGUGAACGUACCGGAAAAAGGAGAGUGUCCCAUGCCACAACGGGACAUGCACAUAUUUGAUGCCGAAUUUCCUACCGAAGUCAUACCGCAGAUAGUACUCAGGACUGGUCUAUGGAAAGCGUUGAUGCGCGGAUAUAUUAAUGGCAAGGAGAUUGUGAGUUGUACUUUGGUUUUGAAGGCUACUGACAAUUGAACAAACUAUGAAAUAAAAAUUAGUUGCAUAUUGUUUCUGUUGGCAAAAUAUAUAAUGUGGUGAAUAAAACAAAAAUCCCAACUGAGACAUCUUUGAAGUGUUUUUGCAAAUUUAUUUUGCUAAUACCGU